AUGUCAUCGCGUCCAUUGCUUGCUCUCCUAAUCAGUCUUCACCUCUCCCUGGCCUACGCGGCCGUGCUCUAUCCCUGGACGUACGCUGACUUUAUCGACACCAGAGGGUUGGGCGGCGAGAAUGAAGCGGGCCCCUUGGAGGAACAAGCAGACGCAGAGGAGGAGCAGCAGCGGCCCGGUCUCGCCAAACGUCCCUUCUACAACCCCUGGGCAAACUACCAUGCGCUGAUUUCAAGGCUGAAGAGUGCUCGCUCG